AUGAGACUCUUCAUCAAACCUUCGUUCCUCAUCUCGUUGAGCCUACAGAUCAUCAGCUUGUCCUUCCUCGUCUUCGGUCAAGAUGCGCCGCUCUGGGUCCAGGGUGGCUUCGAGGACGCCACCGUUUCUGGCCCUCAGUACAACGCUGGCGGCGUAAUCACAUUAAACGGAUUUGAGAUGAAUGUCCCAGAAAACCUCUUGGUUCAGUUCCCUGCCGCGUGGGUCCCGUGGAAGGACUUUGUGGCUAGCAAGGCUGACUUUAUCGGAUUCGAGACUUUGGUUAUUGGAAACAGCAUCAAUGGCGUCCCGCGAGUCGGUCAGGUGCAAAUCUACGAGUUCUUCGAAGGCAUGGCUAGCGGAUUUAUCGAGUCCAUCGACCACGCCGACGGAAGCAUGAAGAUUGAGAAUGGGCCAACUGUCCGAAUCAAUGAUCCCAACGCCGUCUUCUCUGUUGGGUACACUGGGGCUCCUCUCAUGGCAGCAGACGACGUCAGCCCUAGUAUCACAUCCUUCUCUGGUUUUCCCAUGUGCAUUCCUCGAAACACUACCGAUCCACUCUGUCCCAUGUCCAACCGUCCCUUUAAUGGCCCUGGCACGUUCACUGCCCCUGAUCCCCUCGUCAUGGCCCCCUUCUUGCCGGGUGACUUCAUAACCAUUACUGGUUUCCGGAAAGGAAGCGAGAUUAUCGCAUCCAGUAUCGUCGCACAGAAUACCAUGAUUAACACGCUUGGCGACCUCGUCUAUGUCCGCAUGGAGGUUGGUCUCCUGGGCAUCGAUAACCCGAGCCCCAAUGCUGAGAUUGCCGAAUCCAGGUUCAUUGGCUUCGUCUCCAACCCUCGAGCUACUGUUGCCCUGUAUGCAAUGGACGUCGAUCCUUGCACUGGCCAAACUACAGACCGCCUCAUCGCCGCUCUCGGGCUCCGAGGUGGACGCAACGCCCAGAACAAGUUUGAGUACCGCAACGAGAUUCUCAGCCGAUAUACUCGCGAGUAUAAGGUCGUCGCCGAGAUUAAUGGUGUCCCCAAGACUCGCGUCACAAAGAAUGGUAUUACUAUGGGCAAGUACGUCCAGCCGGUUAAUGUCUGGGUCCAUGGGGAGCAGGAUGUUCCCGGAGUUCCUCCAGUCCCCUUCGAUUUCUCCCAGAUGGAGUUCCUCACACAGGGCGUGGGCCGAGAUUCCGAGGGUAAUCUUUGGGGACCAAUCAAUCCCUUCCCGCAGACCGGCGUCUUCAUCGAGCCCCCCGUUUGCCCUGCUGCCACGGCCGCAACUUCGGCUGUUGCUGCAGGCGAAUCAGGCACGACACGAGUCGUCGCAGAGGACACCAUCGAGCCCGCCUCUGACGUGCCCACCGCUGAGGGCUCUGCCACAGUUGUCGAUGAUAACCCCGCUCCUGGAGAAGAUUCUACAUCUACUAUCGAGAAGCGUGGAAGCUUCAGCCGCUGGUACAGCCGUACACGAGACGAGGCCGUUUCUGAUGCCGAGAAUACAGACACCACUGACUCUCCAAUUCUCAAGGAAGCCCCGCAGCCGGCCAGGGCAGACCUCAGCAGGCCUCGCCGGGGACGGACUCAGCGUCAUUGA